AUGAUCGACCAGUUCCUUAUAUUCAGACCAACAGGCCAGGUGGAAUUCAACUACCAGCCCGGGAAAAACCUGUCGGGGGUGGUGAACGCCUUCAUAGACCAGGUGCUUGUUUCGGAACGCAAUUUGAAAACAUUCAGCCAGGCGGAGAAGGACGAGGCCAACGACAUCGACGACGAAGACGGAGUCGUCGUGGGCAGUUAUAACGUCGAAAAGUAUAACGUCCAGUACUUGUCGGUGAAUCAGCCAGACACAAAGCUAGUGUUUGCAAUGGUGCACCCGUCCGUUGUGACGCUGAGAUCGCCCUUCCAGUUCCUGCGCAAAAUCAAGGUGCUAUAUUUGAAUUCUGAUAAGGCCAAAUUCGGGCAUUUUUUCGAUCUCAACCUGCAAUCGCUGGAGGAGAAGAAAGACGAGCCAAAGGAGGACGUCAAGGAAACCAAGCAGGACAAGGACGACAAGCGGAAACCAAAGUCCAGCAAAAAGUCCCGAAAAUGGAACACCGACGGCUCGUUUUACGAGGAAGACGGCCAGACCACAAACCUCGACUUUUCCGGGCACAAUGCCAAGGAGGCUCAAGGAUCGGCCAACUUGGAACAGCUGGUAGGCGACGCCAGCCAGUUCGGAACGAAAACAAAGACCGGCGAGUUUCUGGUGAACGAUCUGUCGCAGGAAAUGGACAGAAUAUUGUCAUUGCAACCAACGCCAAAGGCCCAGGAAGCCAACUCACAACCGUUCGGGUUCCUCAGAAACCUUAUUGGCGGCAAGAAGAUCACCAAGGAAGACGUCAAGAAGGUGAAAUCGGCAUUGUCCACGCAUCUCAUCAAGAAAAACGUGGCCCCCGAUGUGGCCAACUCGCUCAUUUCCGAGAUCGAAAAGGAACUGGUUGGAUCAACCACUGCAAAUUUCACAUCUGUUCAGGAAACAGCGAAAAAGAGUCUGGAGAAACAGCUCAUCAAGCUGCUGACACCAAACAACUCGAUCGACCUUCUGAAGGAGAUCCAGACGAAAAAGGCCAACAAGCAGAUGCCGUACGUUAUUUCUGUGGUUGGAGUGAACGGUGUUGGAAAGUCCACCAAUUUGUCCAAGCUAGCAUACUGGCUGUUACAGAACAACUACCGUGUGCUGAUCACCGCGUGCGACACGUUCAGAUCCGGUGCUGUGGAGCAAUUGCGCACCCAUGUUAAUAACCUCACCAAGCUAUCCCAGGAUAAGCAGCAGAUCGAGCUAUUUGAAGGAGGAUACGGUGGAGCAGAUUUGGUGGCCAAAAUCGCAACGGGAGCAAUCAAAUACGCAAAGCAAAACAACUUCGACAUCGUGUUGUUGGACACCGCCGGAAGAAGACACAACGACACGCAAUUGAUGGCUCCGUUGGCGUCUUUCGCCAAGGCGGCCAACCCAGACAAAAUCAUCAUGGUCGGCGAAGCCCUGGUCGGCACAGACUCCGUGCUGCAGGCACAAAACUUCAACAAGGCGUUUGGAGCAAAUAGACAUUUGGACUUCUUCAUUGUGUCCAAGUGCGACACCGUUGGAGACCUGAUUGGAUCGAUGGUGAACCUGGUUUAUGCCACAGGAAUCCCAAUUCUGUUUGUUGGUAACGGCCAAACAUACACAGACUUGAGAACGCUGAGCGUGGACUGGGCUGUUAGUAUGUUGAUGUCUUAA